GCCAUGACGGCGAUCCCGCGAUCCAUCUUCGCCUCCGCGCCAUCUUUGUGUUAUUUCUAAUUUAUUUUUAUUUUUUAUUUUUUUAUAUUUUGGUCUCGUGGAUGUCAGAGGCGUUGGAUGAAGAUAUUUUCUUGCCCCACCGGAGUCUCCUCUCUAACCCCGGCUCUCCCCGAUGUGAUCCGCGCUGAACGCCGCCGCCAGCCACCAUGUCUCGCCGCAAGCAAGGCAAACCCCAGCACUUAAGCAAACGGGAUUUCUCGCCAGCCGAGCCCCUCUCUGCGGCCGUCGUCUCAUCGGAGGAGCUGUCGGAGCGCUGCUCGGAGCUCUCGGAGGAGAGUGGCAGCCUCAACGGGCAUCACCCGGGCUCAACAGUGGGCCGGCUAGCCCGGCUGGGUCACGACGCUCACCCGUCUCUAGAGCAGGACCUGCUGACCUGCGGCCAAUGCCAGGCCACCUUCCCCCUGGCGGACAUCCUGCUCUUCAUUGAGCACAAGAGGAAGCGAUGCCAUGGGCCACCCUGCCUGGCCGUGGGCCGUGGGCUGGACAAGCCCCCCUCGCCCUCCCCAGGCCUGGCCCUCACCCCGUCCCCUGCCCUGGGUUCCCUGCGCAGUCGCAGUCGCAGGCCUGUGGAAGUGGGCGUCCAGGCCACGCUGGCAGACGAUGACGAUGACCGCUUCUUGUUGCCCAGAGGGAUUUGUCCGAAACAGGAGCCCCUCCCAG